CGGUGCCGCAGUACCGGCUGCCAAGCCAUUCUCACCUAGCUUCAUGAUGGAUAUAAAAUACAGGCUAUGUCGAGGCUACUAUGACUCGCCUUACGCUCCCACUCACGAAUCCAAUACAGAAAGGUAUACACCAGGUACAUCAUAAUGUCUAGCAUAUACCAGAAGAUCCAGCAAGCGGCGCAUCGGAACGAGCAGCUGCUUCGCGGCCUCGAGGAAACAGACGCUGCCCCUUCACAGCUCCGGCAACAGAACGCCUACCUCGACGAUCUCGAAGUCCAAAUCGGCAAUACCAUGAAGCGCGUGGACCACCUGAAGAGGAAAACAGCAAUCGAGCUCAAGGAGCAUGAGAAAUACCGGGAUUCGAAUUUUCGGCGCUUCGCCCACAAGGCCAGCGGCAAGAAGGAGCGGUUCGCCGAGAAGGCCGCCAAAGAAGAGAAGGAGUACUUUGAUGCGAUACAGCAGCAGAAGAGCGCAGAGGACGAACUAGCCUACACCAGACAACUUCUCCACGAAGCCGAAGCGCGCAAGAGCGACCUCCAGUCCCAAGUCAAACGUCACGAGAGCCUGCAAGCCGAACUCGACGCCCUUUACAACACCAUCUUUGCCGGUUGCAUUCCCGAGUUUCCAGACGAGUACCAGAAAGAAGAAGCCUGCAGCACCGCCCACAACCACGUGCAAAAAAUCACUCAGAAACUCGAGCACGAACGCCACGUUCUCUUCCUGCUCGGCCAAGUCGCGGUCAAGCUCUCCACAGCUCGUAAUGCGCUUGAUUGCGCAUACGGUAUGAGCCAAUGGGACAUGUUCGGUGGCGGUACAAUGGCCAGCAUGCAGAAGCGCAACCACCUCGAAAGAGCCGAGAGCGUGAUCCAACAAGUGCGCAUGCUGCAACAGCAACUCAAGCAGGUUGCGCCCGAGAUCCCGGACAUGGGACAGCUGCAAAUCGCCCUGGGAAGCAUCUGGACCGACGUUGUCUUCGACAACAUCUUCACCGACAUGGACAUGCACGACCAAAUCAAGCAAUCCAUGAUGCAGGUUGUCCAUGCAGGCAGCAAGUGCAGCAGCAUCAUCCGGCAACGCGAGCAGCUGGAAAAGAGUCUUCGGCAAGAAUUGAACCGAGCAAAGACGCAGCUCCAGCAUGCCCGCCAAGAACUACAACACGCACGUGAGGAAGCUUUUCGAAGAGUCCUUGAGGAUGCCCAGCGGGAAACAUCAGCACCGGCACUUGGCGGCACACCAGCAAGUGCCAAUUGUAAGCCUCAGCCGCCCGAAUACACCUUCUCAGACGGCCCACCGCCCGGGUAUCUGGAUUAACUUUACGGGGACUUUUUUUUCUUCUCCUUCUAGAACGGCGACCAACUAUUCCACACUACCAACCUAUACGAAGCUGUACAAACCAUGCAUUUCUAGCCUCGAUGUAUUUGUAAGCCAUGUACAUUAGUUAACUACUACACUACUACUACUUAUUACCACAACAUGCUAUACAACCGAGCCCAUGGACGGGCCAUGUAGCGAUCGCAGUGUUUCCACAUAGCUACUAAAAUAUACCGUAAAAUCUUA